AUGUCUCCGCCCAGGAUCCAUAAGAAUCACUCUCUGACCUUGAGGGACAAAGUGAGAGUACUCGACAGCCUGGCAAAGAAAAGCGUUUGCGAUGUGAUGAAAGAAUGGAAAAUUUCAAAAUCCACGGUGUAUAAAAUCCGAAGCGAGGAAGCGAAGAUCCGCAUGCAAGCCGCCGAUGGUACCACGGCGAACCGUCAGAAACGCUUCAAGCCACCAAAGUUCAAUGUCAUCGAGAAGAUCCUGCUCAGGAGAUUCGUGGAAGCACGUCGAAACCAAGGAACGCUCCCCAUCUGCGGAUCUUGGCUGCAGGAAGAAGCAAAGACGAUCGCGAGUAAUCUUGGUGUUGUGGACUUCAAAGCCUCCGACAAGUGGUUGGAUGGGUUCAAAACUCGUCAUGGUCUGUCUACGAAGCAAAUGUGCGGUGAGGCUGAGAAGGUAAAUGAGGAAGAUAUCAGGCUCUGGUUAGAGCGUCAUAAACCGACGCUUCAGAAGUAUGAUCCGCGAGACAUUUUCAAUGCGGACGAAACAGGCUUCUUCUAUAAGAUGCUCCCGAAACGAACAGUUCACUUCAAAGGAGAAAAGUGCCACGGAGGAGAACAAAGUAAGGAACGUUUCACCGUUCUACUGUGUGCCAAUUGGUCAGGCUCAGAGAAGUUGACACCCUUAGUCAUCGGGCGCAGUAUGAAUCCACGUUGUUUUACCGAAAAAACCAAGGAGCCAAGUGCAUCACGCACCAGAUCCUGGAUGGACUCUCGAAUUUUCAGCGAAUGGCUUGUCAAUCUCCAGGCCUAUUGCGGGCGAAAUGAAAGGUGCAUUCUUCUCUUACUCGACAAUUUCCGAGGUCAUUUACCGGACCUCAGACUGGAACUUCCAAACAUUGAGAUUCUAUUCCUCCCGGCGAAUUCGACGUCGAGGACCCAACCAAUGGACCAAGGCGUGAUACGCAUGACUAAGGCCUUGUACAAGAAGAAACUCGUGCACUACUACUGGUCACAGUCUAAAACGGUCGAUGGAGCCUUCAAGGAAAUCAACAUUUUGCGAGGGAUCCGUUUCUUACGAGAAUCAUGGGGUGAAGUCCCGGCUUCUAGCAUCGAGAAGUGCUUCAAUCACGGCUUGCCGGGUGUGCACGGGAGGCUCGGAAAUGACUCGCCAUCAGAGGAUCUGGAUCAGAACAAUCCAGAAUCUGUCAACCCUGCGAUCUCUCGCCUCAUUUUCCCUCAUAAUCUGACCUUCAAGGAGUAUGUGGACUUCGAUGAAAACUUGGUCACUCGCGAUCUGCUUGAUGGCAUCGUUUCGGAAGAUGACGAAUUGCAAGCUCGGCAAGAUGAGGACUGUGGAUUCGGCCUGGACGACGACUGGGAUGUUACAAUCGAGGAAACGGAAGAUCCCAGAGUAUCUGACCGAGAAGCGAUUGGAGCUCUCGAGGUCCUGAUAAGACACUGCGGACAGCGAUCGGAAGCUGAGCCAGAUAUCGGUCGCUCAUUCAACAAGUAUCUGGGAAUUGUUAUGGCAGAUAUGUUCAAGAAUGAUGCCCAGAGAGAUAUACGGUCCUACUUUAAGAGUUGA